GCGGGGGGGGGGGGGGGCCCUCGCGGCAGCAGGUGAGAGCGCAGCGUCUCCUCCUCGCAGCGCAGAACGGCGGAGUAGCCGAGCGGAAAGGAGCCAUGGGAAAGCUUCAAGAAUUUGAUAUCACUUUCACCAACAACAAAGUGGUGUACGGUCCGGGAGAGUCCAUUAGCGGUACUGUGAAAAUACGAACCGCCAACUCGCUGCAGUACAAAGCCAUCAAGGUGAACUGUCAGGGCUCAUGUGGGAUCUCCAACAAAAUGAAAGACGCCUCGUGGACUCUGGAGGAGCAGUACUUCAACAGCACGCUGUCUGUUGCUGACAAAGGAACCCUGGCUGCUGGCGAACACAGUUUCCCCUUCCAGUUUCUCAUUCCAGUCACUCCCCCGACUUCCUUUGAGGGACCCUUUGGGAAGAUUAGUUACCGUGUGAGGGUGGCCAUUGACACGCCCCGCUUCUCUAAGGACUACAAAGCCCAGAGGCCCUUCUACCUACUCAACCUACUCAACCUCAAUGAGGUGCCUGACAUUGAACAUCCGAGUUACGCUGUGACCACUAAGAAGUUCAGCUACCUCCUGGUGAAGACGGGGACCCUGAUGCUGAAGGCUCACAGUGACCUGAGGGGUUACAUCCCGGGGCAGGUCAUCAAGUUAGCCACUGAGAUCCACAACAAGUCUGGGAAGGACACAGGAUGUGUGCUGGCCAGUCUAAUACAGAAAGUGACCUAUAAGACCAAGCGGCCUGUAUUCGACCUGCGGACCAUCGCAGAGGUGGAGGGAGCCGGAGUAAAGGCGGGAAAACAUGCCGAGUGGAGAGAGCAGAUCAUCGUCCCUCCUCUCCCUCAGUCUGCACUGGCCGGCUGCAGCCUCAUAGACAUCGACUAUUUUAUUCAGGUGUCCCUGAAAUCUCCAGACGCAGUCGUCACUUUGCCCAUCUACAUUGGGAACAUCGCUGUGAACUUGUCUCCGUCGAGGGCCAUACCCUCCACUCCAGGACACGUCGUUGCGCCCACAGCGGCAGGCGUGACACCCAGUGCCCCGCCGGUGGAGGAGGAGCCAGAGGAGGGGCUGUGUGCAGGGGGCGUGGCCAGUGAGGAGAUCCCAACCAAGAGUCACUCUCAGCAGGAUCCCUCAUGUCAGCCUGUCACCAUGUCCCCCAGCGCGUUCAGCCACGCGCCCGGUGCAGCCCUUCCUCCCAGCCACAGGCUGCCCGACGCGUCCGCUCCCCUGUUCUGUGUGUCCACCGGGGCCACCAUACCUUUCUUCACCGAGGGAGGAAACGCGACUCCUGUCCCCACUUCCUGUUCUCUCAUCCUCCCUCCAGAGUACAGCAGCUGGGACUACCCUCAUGAGCCCCCACCCUCUUACGAGGAAAGCUGCAGUAGUGUCAACUCCAGUAUCAACAGCGGACAGUAGAGAAGAAGCAGGUGAAGCAUCAUGGCCACGCCCACCCACACCUGUUUGCAUUCGCCUCUCGACAAAUCUGGGCAGUGACAUGCCGGGUUUAAAGAGGAUGGACGGUACUCCAUCCCAGAACACCCCAAAGAUCGUUUCUUUGUCCUUGAAUAUUUGAAAAAAAA